AGCCCGCCCAGCAGAGGUCACCAGUGAGUCUUGUGCGCUCGAAUAUUCACGAAUUACACAGCUGCCGCUGUCGGAGACAUCGUUGUCUUCAGCACGUACCACCAUCCAUAUUGGAGAUUCAAGUUCAGCAUUGACUGGAAACCGUCGAACAACUGGCAGAAACAAGGCGGCAAGCAAAAAGAAAAGACAGCGGCUGCCAAGGGGGGCAACUUCGAGUGUUGCAGCACGCGGCCGUGAUGGCAGGAUGCGUGUCUUCCGGCUACACCUUGGUGCCACACAAGCUUGGCAUGGUCGUGCGCGGCAUACAUUUGGCGCAGGGCGACGUGCCCCGUCAUGUGGUGGAGCAGAUUAAGAGCGACGUCACCAAACAUCGCCUGCUCAUCUUUAAGGACCAGGGCAUCAUCUCUGGACAGAAGCAGGUGGACAUCACCCGCUGGUUCGGCGAGCCGGAGUCCACCUUCUACAAUCACCCUAAGUCGCCGCACCCGGACGUCUUCCGGGUCUCCAACGACCCCGCUGAAGGCUGCACGGGCGUGGGACGCACGGGCUGGCACAUUGACGGCAGCUUCAUGCACGCACCCUUCGCCUACUCCAUCUACCACAUUGUGCGGGUGCCCAAGCGUGGGGCCACAGUGUUUGCCCCGCUGACUGAUCUGAUCGAGCGGCUGGAGCCUGAGAAACGCGCGCGCUGGGAGAGGCUCUGGAUGGUGAGCGACCGGCGAAACCGGGUGACCCACCCCCUGAUUUAUCCGCACCCCGCCACGGGCCUGCCGACACUGUGCUUCCACGUGGGCAUGACGGAGGAGUUCGUGUGGGACGCGGAGGACGCGUCGCGAGCUCGCGCCACCGAGGCCGAGGAGACGGGCGCGCUGCUGCGCGAGAUCGAGCACGAGUUCACGCGGGACGGGGGCUCCAUCCAGUACGAGCACGAGUGGGAGGAGGGGGACUUCAUCAUUUCCGACAACCUGGCGCUGGGCCACGAGGCCCACCCCUCCACGCAGGCCCCACCCAGCGCCGUGGGGCUCCGAGUCAUGCACCGCACCACCGUGUGCGGCGCCUCGACCCCCAGCAAACGGCGCCGCGGGGCCACCGCCGACGCGGCCAGCGCCAGCGGAUGAGCGGUUCAGCGCGCGCGCGUGUGUGGAUCAGCGCGUUCGUGUGUGGAUCAACGGGCAGCCGUGGGAAUCGGCACGCGUGUGCGUCUGCACGAAUGCACGUGUAAGCGUUCGUGGGUGGGCGUUCGUUCGCGCACGCGUGUGCGUUUAUUUGCAAGCUCACAUACCUACGCGCUUGCACGCACACACGCAUGGAGUAAACGAUGGGAUCCCUUGUUUGGUCAAGUGGACCACAUGGGCAAGUAGUGUUGGCGAGCACCUAUUAAGGCUGGCUCGGCGCACGGGGGUAAUAUUGUCUUGGCCUCGAGCCAAGAGUCCAAAAUCGGUACAGACUCCUUUCCUCUACCCAGGGAUUGCGUUUAUACACUGCAGCGGGUCCUCAUCCCAGAGAUUUAAUUCACAAUCAUUUACAGCUGCGUCAAUCCGUUAUUGGAUUAAAGCCUCCCUGGGCAUAUAUAACCACACACAGCAGUGCUGGAUGGUGACGGGAAGACGGGACUUGUUGUAUUGAUAUCACUCAACAAUGACGUUAAGUCUAAGACAGGAAUCAAACUCGGAUCAGUGGGCUCAUUUUGCUUUGAUGAGCAAAGAUAUUACGUUGCAUAAUAAAGGCUACGUGUUAAACUAACAUUGCAUUAUUUUAUGCACAGGCACGCAUAUUAUCCUGCAUUCCUUGUACACAUGCAGGCGAGCUUAAGAGCAUUCAAAGGUAAUUGUACGAUAAGUAAAAAAAAAUGUCAUGCAUUUUAACGCUUCUGAAUCUCCACUCAAAAAAAAACCACUUAACCUCAAUUCCAAUAAUCGCAGGUGCUAAUAUUAAAUUAAUUUGUAACAUCUUGCACCAUGGAUUUAAUAAGUGGGCUGUCAAGAGAAUGGCCACAAGCGUUUCCCGGUGGCCAAAUAAGGGCCCAAUGCGUGUUGGUUGGGUGCGGAGGACAAGCAAAGUGUGUUGAUAAUUAAACACUUACACACGAGGCCAUCGGCAAUUAGCUGAAUGAAUGAAAGUUCAAAGUGUCGAAAAAACCCCCGUAAAAAAAUGUAUUUUAUCCCAGCUUUAUUUUUAACACGAAAGGAAUAAAACACACACAUGGACACGGGGGAAUGUGCACAUUGGCUGUUGAAAGUGUUUUAUUAUGAACCAGCUUAUCGCUUAUUUCAAGUCAUUUUGAAAUAACCGGUGCUGUGCACACACACUCCCUGCGGGUCAGCCUUCACGGUAAACUUCAUAUAAAAACAUGAGAUUAUUUCAUAGAUAUCUAUAUUUUCAUCUUCUCGUUAUAAUAUUAUUUUCGGAGCCAGAUUUGAAUGCUGCAUUCGGAUCGUAAUCGACCUCGUGGGCCUGUACUAAAUGCAAUAAAUAUUUGUUUAGCCAUAAACAAAUCCUUAAUCCUUAACAGGUGUGUGUUUGCGUGGGGGAAGGAGGGGGGGUGGCUGACGAGGCCGUGAUGAAUGCCCAGAGCUUGCCCGAAUCCUCAUCCUAAAUUAUCUGUGUUUCAAGGAAACUGCCAAUUCAAUUUUCGGUUCUGGCAUGUCAGAGUUAGAGACCGCACGCUCGAGUAGCUAGGUGCACGUCGCCCCCAUUGACGUGGAGGGGGAAACACAGGGUACCCUGCGUCUUGGGUUAGUGGAGAGGGAACAAGAUAAAGUGUGCAUGUGCCGCAGGAUUCUCAAGUGACUUCUGGCACUGACAUGAAUCCGACGCAAUUUGGACGGCAUUACACAAGAUUGUAAUUCGAAUACUGCUUGUACGAUAGAUUAAUUGAACUGUGGAGUAUCGUGGGGGGGUUGUCGUAGAGAGCGUGAGAGGCUGGUGGUUAUCUGGGAAAGCCUUCACCCACGAGUGGAAUAGGGCCCCCUGGCUGGUGAUAAAAGGUUAUGCGAGUGCAGUUAUGAGAUGUGGUUUGUGGUCGUACGCUGCUUCCGAAGUGCAGUUGCAUCGCACGGAUUCGCUGUGGUGACACCCUGACGAUAAUAACAACAUUGACGGGCAUGAUUGUAAGAAGAAAGAAUAUACGUUUAUUUGAAAUGUGAUAGCCAUGUGUGCAAUGAUCAUAAUUCAUUAUAAUGGGAUAGCGGGAGUAUAUAGCGAAAUUCAUCACGUGUAUCUCUGUUUUAUCUUUGCAGUUAAUUUCCACAUUAAUGAAAUACGGUUUGCUGGAAACAGUCAAACAUAUUUUUGUUGUUAAGAGCGCUGGUGCGUUUGACGGAUUUUUGGGCCGAUUCAUCUUCGGUCUUCCGUGCAGUUGUGAUGGGAAGUGCAGAUAAUGAGGCACGUGUCCACACCUCGCAGCGGCGAUUCCACGUUUCUCUCUCCCUGCCCUUUGUUUUAAACCGUGAAAUUGCCUUGGGGUGGAAAACGGGGGGGGGAGGGGAGGGAUGCUGAGUCCAGAUAUUAAUAAUAACAGGAGUAAAACAUCACUGGCGUGUUGAUAAUCGAUGUGCAGUACGGGCUUUUCGUGAACGCACAAUAGGGGAUUGGAAUUUGAUGAAAAGUUUUUUUAAAAUAUAUAUGUAAGUAUAUGUCUCGCGUUGCUUGCAUCUUUUUUUUUUGCACGGACAGAAUUGCAAUGCGCUGAGUGCCGCCCAUCCUCCUGGUCGGAGCGCAACUCGUGUCGUCACUGCACGAUGUCCGUCCGUCCAGUGAAAGAAGCCAUUAACUCGGAUAUGUUCAAAAUUAAAACAUCACAAAAUCCCUGGGGGACCAGGGUAAGACAAGGGAGGGGGGCGGAGGGGUUAUGCAAUUGUGAAUUGUGGAGCCACAGUGUUGGUUUCGCGAGCCAAAACAUGUUUAUAUUUACGCGAUAUAACCCAGGUUUUUUUUUAUUUGGGAUAUUUCUCACGAUAGCCGGCUACGCGUUAAACUCAACAUAAAACUCGCUUAAUUAGACAAUUACGCGCGAUUCAAUUCCGGCACGUGGGGUCCCAGCCAGAUCUCCCGCGGCAACAACUCGAGAUUAAUGAGGCCUCUUCUGUGCGUUCACUUUGUUAAUUAAACAAAGACAUUGCAUUCAAUAGGUCUCAUUUUGCAGCCAAAAAAUCAAGGCUACAUGCGCAAGGUCAAUAAAAGAAUUCCCGUAAUUACAUGCACGCUCGUACAUGUUGACAUGCGUACACAGACACGUGCCGGGGUCCCAGUUCACACUCUUCUCGGGUACGUGCUGUUUAAUAAAAUGCAGUGUUUUGGAAAUUGCUCCCACCGAUUAAAAUGGCAUUCUAAGCACGUGGCAUUCCACUGCUAGAUGACUGGCUCCUCCCCUACGCAUUCGGGGGUUAUUUGCCCAUACUUCGCCACUCUGGUCAGUGCGAGUUUCGUGAACGCUCUACAAAGCAACACAUUCUCUUAACACAACACCAGCAGUACAUUGGCGCGCGCGCACACACACACACAGCUCAUUAACUUUCUUUAAUUAAAUGUAUUUGCGACACAGUAAAUGAGAAUGUAUGUAAUUUAUUUGUACAUGUACAAUCAAUUUACAUGUUCAUACUUGUAAUCGCAAACGCAGUGAUGCGCGACCAGCACAUAUCCAAUCGGCCGACAGAAAUGAUUAAAAUGCCCCAACAGCCUUAAAAUGCGAUCGGACCCGUAACUAACAAGUACCGCGUUACUUUGUAACCUCGGAGAGUGCGUUUGUUGAUGGCGUGGUCGAGAGUGCUUGCAUUGCAAUUCCCCAACAACAUAGCACUUAUUGGUAGUUAUAUAUCACAAUGAGCACUCGUUGUUGGGGAUGCGCCACGCAGCCAGAGAGGAGUCGAGGGCGAUUCGCCGCGUUCGCGAAUCCGAGCAAAAAAAAAAGAACUUUAGUGGCGAGCCGUCCGUCUCGCGUUUAAAGACAUUGCACCGGUGCACUUCGUCGGUGCUAAGAGAGGUUACAGGCGUGGGAGGUGUGCGUGUGUGUGGUGGGGGCUUCCCGCCCAUGAGUUUUGUUGCGAUUGUUAUCGAGUUCCUCCGUAGAAUUAUUGUGGCUGCCGUCGAAAGAUGAAAUUCCCUCAAUUGCCGUAUCACAUUGUACACACCACGGGUGUCUGUGCGGUCUACAUUGUAAUGGCACGGGUGUUUCUGUGCGAGUUUUAUCGUGACUCGGUUAUAAAACUGCCCCCGGUCAGUUGCUUUUUCAUGUGCCAAACAACAAAAAGCGCCGUUAUGCAAUUCAAAGCGACAAAUGAAUGAAUGCCCUUAUACAUUUUCCCCAGACUUUAGCAACUUUUUGUCGCUGCGAACAACAAAAAUCACCAACGUGAUUAACGCUGCCACCGAAAGGGCUAUUCCUGAACUACAUUUGACAUUACAGAGGUAUUCUUAAAGUAGAGUUGUAGGAGUUGUUUUGAGUAUCCUGCGUGCCAAGUGAUAUAAUUAGGUGAACGCCGACUCGAAAUAGUUGGCUGAACAAAACGGAGGGAGGCAAUGCCAUGAAUCGCGGGGGGUAAUUGCUAUCAAUCACGAUGAGGCCUCUAUAUAUAGAGAUUCGCGGUUGGCCACCCCUUAAUACGCCGUAAUCCCCUCAUUUCCGCGCGGGUAGUUAAAGACACCAUGGGUGUGUAUAUAGUCAUUACUCAUCAGAGGCUGUUACGGACUCCUUUCUCGCUGCCCCACCGAGCUCACGUCUCGCACACAUCUCCGCCUCGUGCGAAAGCGCCGUUGUUGGUACUAAUCACAGCGAGACUAGGAAGGGAUCCACCGUGCGUGAUACAAACAUCCAUUUACGUAAUUGCUGCGUAAAGGCUGCGUAGCCAUUUUAUUUACGGCCACGUGAAGUCGCAUGAUAUCCAGCCACAUUUGCCCUUCAGAUUAAUGUCGUUAUUAAUUUGCUUGAAUUCAAGAAAGUCGAGUUGAAUACAUGUGUGUGUGUGUGUGGCUGCACACACACAAUCUUCAAUGGACAUGAACCUUUAAUGAACGUUCGUUGCGCUGCGAUGUAUUUAAGUCGUGACCACGUGGCGUGGCGUGCCGUGCGGGAAGACCCCAGUCGAGAUGAGCGUUUCGCUUGAGACGAUUCAUCGUUGCGGAAUCCGUUCUUUGAAACGGAGGAACGAACAAAGACAGAGACAUCACACAAAUACGCGGAAGGAAACAGAAGCAAGCGGGACAUUAAAUGCCCGCGCGGUCUAAAGGAAUGCGAGAAACGUCCGCGCCGAAGAACGCGAACCGUGAGGCAAGGGAAUUGGAAGAACCAACUUAGGUCUUUUUUAAAUCUUCAGAAUCCUCCCUUACCCCGAUCUCCCCCAUCAUCAUUAUCCUCAUCAGACUUCGGGACCCCUCCCCCCCCACCACGUUGCCAUCUUAUGCGACGGAAUUCCUCUACCGCUGAUGCCCAAACAGGUAAGCACUUACUGCGGCUCAUAAUUCUAACAGCAAGUACUGCUAUCUGGGUAGCAGUGGCGAGGACUAGCGGCGACGGGGGUGGGAGGAGGAAGCUUCCGCGAAUGUUUCAUCGAGAGAAGAGGGGGUUGGGGGGAUAACGACAACAAUGGAAUUUAAAGUUAAAGUUUUACUUUCCUUUUAAAGCCAGGAUCUCACCAUUCACCGCUGGCAACAGCAGCAGCGGGCAGCGGCAACAAAGACGGGGUUAGUUUUGGGACCUCUUUGUGCUCAAAGCUUAAACGCCUUGGUGGCACGCACAAUGAGGGCCCAUAUCCCAAUUGUUAAUUAUUCACGUCAACGCCCGUGGGGGGUGGGGGGGGGGGCAAAUCAGCCGGAAUGCGCCACAUCUCGGAAGCUAAGCAGGAAUUUUUGGGGGGGGUUUUAGCCUGCGGCGGUGAGCACCGUGGAUAACAAAACACUGGUUGUUAUAUCGGCGGCGGUGGCGAUGUUGCUCAAUCGGUAAAGUCGCUCGAACAAAAUGAACCGUGCACGUACGGAGAUAUUUCUCAUCGCGAAGAAAGGGUGCGAUAGUUAAAGCGGGGUGCGCGAUUGUUAUCGACGAUUAGAAAUUCCCACCACGCACGCCUUCGGGUGCCCAAGAUCCCGUUCGCUUACUUAGUCGGCGGCUCACGAUGUGCCACUACUGCCCACUAUAACGCCCCCCCCCCCAUAUCGCCGGCGGAUUGGAUAAAUGGAAUCUCCCCCCCCCCCUGCUCCCCUUCUGUGAGUUACUGCCACAGAUUGUUACAAACAGCAACCCGCGGUGAUAAAACUGAAAUCCUGGCACGAGUCGUGAUGACUCGCCCGCUGACAGCUGAUGCUUGGAACGAGCACAAUCUGGUUCCCUUUGGCGCCGGGGGUUAUUACCGAUGCACAUCGGCAAAGACUUAUCGUAUGCGAUUAUCUGAAAAUGUACACGGAGCGAUCCAUUCGUAGACGGCCCACUAUAAACAAAACUGGGGGGGGGGGGGAGACGGAAAUGUGGAGAUGGGUGCCGCGCGCAAUCCGAAGAUGUGUUGCGCUUAGUGCCGCUCGAGUUUGUGGACUGCACUGUUGUGAAUCGUCAAUUUGCUCUCUUAAUCGCGCUUGGCGUAGCGUGAUAUUGUCUAUCAAUCGCGUGCUUUUAAAAAAAAAAUGUUGUACGAUGUAAAAAGCCGAAGUAAUUUAUGACGGGCAGAAUGUAAUUCCACUUUGGUUAUGCCAAGAGCCGCCGUUUUAAAAUUCGCACACAGGGCAAGCAGCGCCUGCAGCAUCAGCCCAUCUAUUCAAAUAAUGGGUGAUUGUUUUUGACACUGCGGGAAAUGCACGAAGCAGUUGCUUGUGAUACGGUUUGACCAGAAUGAAUAACAACAAAAACCUAAGAUAACAACAAUGAACAUCGCUUCAUACUCAAGGUGGCAUCGGCCGUCACGAUUAAUAAAACCUCGAUAAGUAUCCGCCAUUAUUAAGUGGGGUGUGUGGGGGUGGGGGUAACUUUGUAUUUCGAGUGCAAUUAUUUCAAGACACCACCAGUGACCAAAGAUAGAGAUGUGACUUUUGAAAAAGGCGUUUAAAUCCAAAGCCCCGGUACAUUUUUAAUUCACAGCCCACCGCCGCCACCCCUCCCUUGUCAAUCCGCAUCUGAGUGGAGGCCCUCCCCAUUGACUCACUGCUGCUGUGAACCCGGCCCCACUCAAGUUCGAUUCCCCCCCCCUGCCACGGCUGAUAUCGUGUGCAAGUUGAUAUCUGAACCCGGUCCCAUCGACCUCCCACCGCCACUUGCGACACGACGGCAUUGAUCAGUGAAAGGGUGAUGGCCAAAAAAACCCCACCACGACGGUCAGUUACGUUAAUGGAAAUCAAAAUGUAACUAUUUUUGACUCCCGCAUUUUGGGAAGAUGUAUUAGAAACAGAAAGCACUCUAAUAAAGUUUAAGAACGUUUUCAAGCGAAAAAGCUGUUCUUAUUGUAAUAAAAUACCCCCCCCCCCCCAUCCUCUAUAGGCGUAACAGACUGUUGGGGCAAGUGCUGUUAGCGAGCGCCUAAUGAAGGCCCGUACGGCACACGAGCGGGUUGGUGGCCAGUACCACGCCCGGGUGCCUUUGUCUCCCCAGUGAUCAUGUUUACACACACUUGCCAGCUCCUCAUUAAUAAGGCUGAGUGCACCUAGGAGAGGCCUGGUUAGCCGCGUCGUGUGUCGGAGCGGCGCUAACCACUUGCGCCACCGCUCCCCACGCACAAUGCACGUAUACAUAAUAAUAACAACAUGGUUUACUCUCGCGACGUUGAGAUAUUUGUUGUUGAUUACUUCCGGAUUAUUGCGUUCAUUAGCGAGAAGCACUUUGCGUACCGCGUGCCAGAGCGCACACGUGUAAGUUAAGUAUGUGCUGACACCUCCUUAAAGCUACCGCCGCAUUCACCAGAGAGAUGCCGUACGCUGUAUAUAUAUAUUAACGUAUACGAGAGUAAAGAUUUAAAUGGAAGCAAUCGCGGAUUAAAAAGAUGCCGGGACACGUGGUCGAAGGAGCCAAUGCACGCGCACAAGGAGAGCUCACGGCGUGAUUCAACCGCGCGAAGAGAGACGAAAGUACGGCGGGGGGCGGCGAGGGGUACGGAAGUUCAGUAAUGACACGCCACGGUUAAUAAAAUAAAAUCACUCAAUUAAAUAUACAAACCCACACAACACGUUUGCAACCACACACAGCCAGCGCCAUCCCCAUGUACGCGCUCUGUCCACUAGCAGGGGAGUGAAUGCGAUGGGGGGGGGGGUACCCGGACCCCCCGGAGUGUUUUAACUAUUUUUUUAUGUUGCGAGAUUUCAAGAUUUGUAAACAGCACGCACCACCACCACCGCUGUCUGUAACGAAAUCGUCAAAUCUCUUUGGGGGGCGGGGGGGGGGUAAAAUCGAGCCCCGCAGCAAAUGUCAGCGGCAAAAGGCGGCGUGCGUUCAAAGUACACGCGGUCGGAUAACGCGACUCGACUCCACGUGUGAGAGACCCAGCAAGCGAUGUGCAUCGACAGCUCGUGCGUGUCACGGGAAACUGGCCCUCGUGCCGCUACCGCAGUCGCUGGGGUGCCAGGUCCCCCCCCCCCCCUCCCCCCCUCCGUGUUGCUUACGCGCUAUAUAGUGUACCGUCACAAUAUCGUCAAACUACUAUUAACAAAAAUAAUAAUCUACGCUUACGAAUUUCCCGGCUGGCCGCUGUCCGGACAUCACUCCACCCCAACAAUAAUUCGGUCGAUCUCUGGCUUUGUUAAGCGUGCUGUGGUGGUAGUUGAUGGUUGUGGUGAUAGUGGGGUUUGGUAGUGAUGGUUGUGGUGGUAGUGGUUUUGGUAGUGAUGGUUGUGGUGGUAGUGGUUUUGGUAGUGGUGGUUGUGGUGGUAGUGGUUUUGGUGGUAGUGAUGGGUUUGUGGUGUUGGCUGCUGAUUAAACACCUCGUAGCGAGCGCGCUCACGGGGCGUUGUCGCGA